GUGAAUGAGAAACUUGAGACAGCUUUUUCUAUUAUAUUUGCGGUGCCUGGUGCCCGGUGGGUGGCCCUUAGCUGGGUGCUGGCAUACCCCUGGGAACCUUUCUAACUCCCUACACAGUUAUUAUGUGCUCUACCGUGCUCUGAACUUUAUUCUUGGAAAAAGUAGAUGGUGCCUUAUCUCUUUUGUUACCCCAGGUCUUGCAGCGAGUUACCUACCUGCCUUCCUAACCAAUAAUUUUGUAUUAGCCUAAGAACAAGUUAGCUCUUUCCGAAGCUCUCUGAAUUUCAUUCAGUUGACCGCUUGGUGUAUUUAUUUUCCCAACGAUCCGGAAGUUGUUUCUUCUUGGUGUCGCUUAGCCUGGAGGCAAAUGUCUUAAGACAGAUGUCAGUUUUGAAUACAUCCCUCAGAUUCCCUCAGCAGUGUCUCCUGCUAGAAAGAGGAAGUCUCAGGACCAGUGAGACUCUAGUCUAAAUCAUCCAGGCGUUUUUAGUUAGAGCCUGGAGACUGGCCACUGCUGGAGGAGCUUUGCCGCUUGCUUGGGACCCUGUCACUUGCUGAGUAUCCCGGCUGCACUGUGAGAGUGAAUCUUUCAAGAUGGACCUCAUCUUAGAUGUAAACAUUCAGAUUUACCCUGUGGACUUAGGUGACAAGUUCCGGUUGGUUAUAGCUAGUACUUUGUAUGAAGAUGGUACCUUGGAUGAUGGUGAAUACAACCCCACAGAUGACAGGCCUUCCAGGGCUGACCAGUUUGAGUAUGUCAUGUAUGGGAAAGUGUACAGGAUCGAAGGGGAUGAGACCUCCACUGAAGCAGCCACACGCCUCUCUGCGUACGUGUCCUAUGGGGGCCUGCUCAUGAGGCUUCAGGGUGAUGCCAACAACCUGCAUGGAUUUGAGGUGGACUCCAGAGUUUAUCUGCUGAUGAAGAAGCUGGCCUUCUGAACUUCGUGGGAAACCAGACUUGCUGCUUAGUCACUCAUGUCAUGGACACUGUUCAAGGCUGUGUAGAAGCUGUCGGUGUUAGCCUGUAAAAGGGGCGGAACUCUGUCCACUGUGGGGACGUCUUCAGUUUGUCUGAAUGCAGUGGAAAACCGACUCUCCCUCUCGGAAGGCCGAGAGGGAGAACUUAGCAUGAACCUGAAGUUGUAUAUGAUUUUUUUUAUUAAAGUUUUCUUUUUCA